AUGGCCCCGCUGUGGUGCUUGCUGGGCUCGCUGGUGGCCGCGGUGGCGGGGGGGGGGUCGGUGGAGCAGCCCCCCGCCUCCGAGCCCGCCUGCCCCGUGUGCCUGUGGCGGCGGCAGAGCAAAGAGCUGCGGCUGGAGAGCAUCAAGUCGCAGAUCCUGAGCAAGCUGCGGCUGAAGGAAGCGCCCAACAUCACCCGGGAGGUGGUGAAGCAGCUGCUGCCCAAGGCCCCCCCGCUCCAGCAGCUCCUGGACCUCCACGACUUCCAGGGGGACUCGCUGCAGCACGACGAGUACCUGGAGGAGGACGAGUACCACGCCACCACCGAGACCGUCAUCAGCAUGGCCCAGGAAACGGACCCGGUGGUGCAGAUCGAGGGCAACCCGCACUGCUGCUUCUUCAACUUCAGCCCCAAGAUCAUGUUCACCAAGGUGGUGAAGGCGCAGCUCUGGGUGUACCUGCGGCCGGUGCAGCACACCUCCACCGUGUACCUGCAGAUCCUGCGCCUCAAGCCCGUCACGGACGAGGGCAGCCGCCACAUCCGCAUCCGCUCGCUCAAAAUCGAGCUCAACUCGCGCUCCGGCCACUGGCAGAGCAUCGACUUCAAGCACGUCCUGCAGAACUGGUUCAAGCAGCCGCACAACAACUGGGGCAUCGAGAUCAACGCCUUCGACCCCAACGGCAACGACCUGGCUGUCACCUCGCUGGGGCCCGGAGCUGAGGGGCUG